UCAUAGAUAGCUUCGAUUUUAUUAUGUUCGCUAAGUUAUUCCAGAAACCCACUCAAUCCCAAUCUCCACCACCUUCUUCCCAGCUGGAUGGCACAAGCCGCCGAAGCAUGACGUCAGCAGACUUGGCGCCACGUGUUGCCGUUCACUAUGGGAUCCCGUCUACUGCUUCGGUUCUUGCUUUUGAUCCUAUCCAACGCCUCUUGGCAGUAGGGACACUGGAUGGGAGAAUUAAAGUGAUUGGUGGUGACAACAUUGAAGUUCUUUUGAUAUCUCCUAAACCCUUACCCUUUAAGAACCUAGAGUUCUUGCAAAACCAAGGAUUUCUAGUGAGUGUCUCCAAUGAAAAUGAAAUUCAGGUCUGGGAUCUAGAGAAAAGAUGUUUAUCUUCUAAUUUACAAUGGGAGUCCAGUAUAACUGCGUUCUCUCUUAUCAUUGGUACAAAUUACAUGUAUGUUGGAGAUGAGUACGGAUUCUUGUCUGUGCUAAAGUAUGACACUGAAGAAGGGAAUAUUGUUCAGUUACCGUACCAUGUUCCUCCUAAUCUUAUUGCUGAAGGAGCUGGGAUUACAUUGCCUGAUCAGCAAUCCAUUGUUGGUGUGCUCUCACAUCCUUGUUCUUGUGGGAACAGGGUCUUGAUUGCAUAUGAGAAUGGAUUAAUCAUUCUGUGGGAUGUUACUGAAGAUAGAGCUGUUCACAUUAAAGGCUAUAAGGAUCUGCAACUGAAAGAGGCUAUGACUGUGAACGUUUCAGAUAAUCAAAGCCAGACCUCCGUAAAUGAUUCUUUAGACAAUGAAGAAGCAGAAAAGGAAAUAAGCUCUCUCUGUUGGGCAUCCCCUGACGGGUCAGUAUUAGCUGUUGGUUAUGUUGAUGGAGAUAUUUUUCUCUGGAAUCUAUCAGUUUCUAAUAAUGGUAAAGAUCAGAAAACUCAAAAGUCGCCUGAUGAUGUUGUUAAGAUACAGCUGUCAUCAGGAGAUAGAAGACUUCCUGUCAUUGUUCUUCACUGGUCUUCUAACAAAGCUCGAAAUGGCUGUGGAGGUCAACUCUUCGCUUAUGGUGGUGCAGAAAUCGGAUCUGAAGAAGUAUUGACGAUCCUUGAUCUUGAUUGGUCUUCUGGGUUAACAAAGUUGAAGUGCGUCAAUCGUGUUGAUCUUACAUUGCAUGGGUCUUUUGCCGACAUAAUCAUAAUACCAAAUGCUCGUAAUAAGGUGGACAACAGUCCUGAGACGUCAUUAUUUGUAUUGACCAACCCAGGACAAUUACAUUUCUACGACUAUGCUUCGCUCUCUAUCUUAAAGUCGUACGGAGUAAAAAAUCAUUCUGUGCAUUCAUCUCAGUAUAAUUCAGUUAUACCCACUGUGGAACCAUAUAUGACAGUGGGGAAGUUAUACAUAAUAGGCUCAGAAGGGAAUUAUUUCGGUGCACUCCCACAGACAGUUUCACCUGCAAAACAACAAUCAGAGAAUAUGCGGAGUACAAAAUGGCCUCUGACAGGUGGCGUUCCUUACCAGAUAUCAACAACUGAAUCUAAUAAUAUUAUUGAGAGAAUAUACAUAGGAGGAUAUCAAGAUGGAACUGUUCGAAUUUUUGAUGCCACUUUUCCGGUUCUGAAACUUGUUGCUGUUUUAGGAUUUGAGAUAAAGGGUAUUCAAGUUGAUGGCACAAGUGGGUCGAUAUCAGCAUUGCAUUUGUGUUCUGCUAGCUUAACUUUAGCUGUUGGCAAUGAAUUUGGUCGUAUUUUCCUUUAUAGCUUACAAGGGAAUACACAUGAAACGGUUGCCGUUGUAACUGAAACCAAAAAUGAAGUUCACCACUGCCUACCUGAAGAGAGAAAUCAUUGUUCUGCCAUAUUUUCCAUAUCUACUUCUCCUGUGUGUGCAUUACAAUUUGCAACUUCUGGAGUCAGACUUGUUGUAGGAUUUCAGUCUGGACAGGUUGCAGUGCUUGAUACGAGAUCGCCUUCAGUUUUAUUUGUCUCAGACUAUGUGUCUAGCUCAAGGUCACCUGUCAUUUCUCUUGCUGUUAAAACUUUUCCUGAUACCCACGAGAUCAGUGUAAAGAAACCUGACAGUCAAACCGAAAGUGAAUCUGCAAAAGAGAUUACUUUUGCCCUCACCAGAGAUGCACACAUGACCUUGAUGGAUAGCACCACUGGCAAUGUGAUAAGUGCACAGCCAAUGCAUUCAAACGAAAAAAUAAUUGCAAUAAACAUGUAUCUAUUAGAUGAUUCAAAUAUGUCUUCCCAGCAUAUUGAAGAUGAAGAUAUGCAGCACUCAAAUGUAGAUAACAAGACAGUUGCAUCUCAGAUUUUAAUUUGUUGCGAGGAAGCUUUAUACGUUUACCCUUUAAAGUCAUUGAUUCAGGGGGAUUAUAACUUUGUCCGCGAACUGAAACUUGAGAAACCAUGUGCUUGGACUACAAUCUUCAAGAGAGACGCAGAAAAAUAUGGUGUCAUUUUAGUUUAUCAAACAGGGGAAAUCGAAAUAAGGUCUUUCCCAGAGCUUGAACCGCUAGGCAAAACCUCAAUGAUGUCAAUACUAAGGUGGAAUUUCAAGAACAACAUGGACAAGACAAUGAGCGCUUCUGACAAAGGGCAGAUUACAGUGGUCAAUGGGUGUGAAUUUGCUUUUGUAUCUCUUUUGGCAUUUGAAAAUGAGUUCAGGAUUCCCGAGACUUUACCUUCCCUACAUGAUCAAGUACUUGCUGCUGCUGCAGAUGCCGAUGUUAAUUUCUCCCAGAACCAAAAGAAGGAACAGAGUGGUGUGCCUGGAUUUGUUAGUAAUGUGAUAAAGGGAUUGAAAGGGGUUAAAGAAGAGGCUGGUAUAGAAGCUCGUGAAAGUGUGACUGCACAUUUAGAAAGAAUAUAUUCAAGGUUUCCUUUCUCCGACCCCUACAACUUAAAUGAUCUUGAAGAUUUGGUACUUCAAAUAGAUGACAUUGACAUUGACAUCGAUGAUCCUGUUCCCUUUGUAUCAUCUUCUCAAACGAUUAGUGACGACAUAAAGGGAAAGGGAACUCAGAGGGAAAAAUUAUUCGAAGGUGGUACCGUUGAUACUAAACCGACAGCUCGUACUCGUGAGGAAAUCAUUGCAAAGUACAGGAAAACAGGGGAUGCGGCUGGUGCAGCAUCACAAGCAAAGGAAAAACUUAUGGAACGCAAGGAGAAACUCGAGAAACUCAGCCUACGGACUGAAGAGCUGCAAAAUGGUGCUGAGAACUAUGCCUCGAUGGCAACUGAGCUUGCCAAGGCCAUGGAAAAACGUAAAUGGUGGAACAUAUGACACUCACAUAUUGGAUAUGCGUUUUAUACUUCUUUGCUGAGUUAACCUAUUCACAUUCUAAUUUGAGUAAAUUUAUUGUCCAUUUGUUAUGUAAUAUAUGUACAUACUUACAUACAUAUAUACAUACAUAUCUUACAACGUGACAUUAAGACAUGUCUUCUGAUAGUUGUUUCGGCAGAGAAAAAUCUGGGUGGGGAUUUUUUCUCUUAACGUUUGAAUGUAUCCAUACUCAUACUUGGGCACGAGUGCGUAUGCUCAUUUGGUUUCCAACCUACGGUUCAAGAGUUAGGAAAAUUCUGAUCCUUAAUUGUUAAUAGCCAGUUAAAGCAUUUUUUCUCUUCUUUAAAUUGAAUUGUCGUUGAACGAUUAA